AUGAGCGAAGGUGCUACCAACGCGCCUGUUCCAAGCAAACUCGUCUUCCUCUACGAACUUGCUUCCUUGCCACCGGCAACGAAGGUGAGAUUCGUAGGCUGUGUGCUGCAGUAUGACGUUCUCAACGGUCAACUACUUCUUGAGCAUGCAUAUCCAAAGAACGCUCACCCAGUCCCUCGCGUCUCAGUCGAUGUCAGUCUUGUUCUUGAAAGCACAGCAUCCUCGGCACUGCGGCAUGGCUGUUGGAUCAACGUGAUUGGAUAUACUCAAAAUUCAGGCGUACACGCCCGAAAGAGGAAGGAUAGUUUACAUCGGAGAGACGAAGUCGUCUCUCUGCAAGCGAUCCUGAUCUGGGAUGCCGGCUCUCUGAGAAUAAGAGAUUAUGAAAACACAUUGGAGGAGCAAAGACUGGUUCAGCAGCAGCUUCAGGCCCAUCCCAAAUGA